CUGCACGCGGCGACGAUGGCGGAGAGCAGGACGCCGGCGGUGGUCGGGAGGAAGCUGCAGAUCAGGAGGAAGACGUGCAGCGUGGACAUGCGGAGCGCGCACCUGAACCUGGGCACCCCGGAACUCAUGUCGCCGAUGAUGACCGACUUCGAGUCGCCCCAGAUCAAAGCUUCUCGCGACGUGGCGAACGUGAUGGCGGCCAAGGUGAAGCUGCUGCAGCGGGAGCUCAAGACGGUGAACGCCGACCUGGCCUUCUCCAAGGAGCGGUGCGCGCAGCUGGAGGAGGAGACCCGCCUGCACCGGGCCGGCAACCACGACCACGCCGCCAACGAGGACCUGGUAUGCAUGCAUGUUGUGGUUGGCCACUCCCUCCUCCUCCUUGCACCGGCCAUUCCUACUCCUCAAAGACAUGGUUGCUUGCUGCGCAUGCAGGUACGGAAGCAGCUGGAGACGCUGCUGGCGGAGAAGGCGCGGCUGGCCACCGAGAACACGGUGUACGCCAGGGAGAACCGGUUCCUGCGGGAGAUCGUCGACCUCAACCAGCUAACCGUGGUCGGCCUCCAAGAGGACAUCAUCGAGGAGGAGGAAGAAGAAGAAGAAUACGAGGAGGAGGAAGAAGAAGAAUACGAGGAGGAGGAGGAAGAGGCCGAGCACGACACACCGGCUACCAAGGGCACUGCCCCUCCCCAGCCCCCCUCACAUCACACCAACAAUGUGCCUGUUGCUGCCCCACAGCCGCCCUCUCGCCGCACCGGCAAUGCCGCUGUUCCUGCCCCCCAAUCUCCCUCUCGUCGCACCGAAAAUGCGCCGGUUGCUGCCCCACAGUCACCCACUCGCCGCGCCGACAAUGUGCCGGUUGCUACCCCCAAUCCCCCAUCUCUCUGCACCGACAAUGCUCCGGAGUCGAGGAGCACAGACAACACUGCCAUCGGAGUUGCCGGGUCGCCCAUGCACCGGAGCCCAAAGGAAGAUGAAGGUUCACAGCAGACAAACCCCAUUCGAGAUAACUGCUCGCCGGAGAAGGCCUCCCAGCAGCAGCAAUGCCAAGACUGAUGAACGGCCUUUGGUGUUUGCUGAAACAAUCAUGUAUGUACACGCACGCAUGUAGAGAAGGCCUCUUCGUCUCAUUUGUUACCUUUUUCCCCAGUGUAAUUACCAGUUCGCCUGUUCAGGGUGAGAUCUAAUAUGAGCAUCAUAUCCGUGGGUCUGUAAUUCUUAGUUCCUUAUGUAAUAUCAACUCUUUUUUCAUGAA